AUGUCAGUGCCUAUCAUGCCUUGGGCCUUGUCGGGCUGGAAGUCACCGCUGGAGCUGAUUUUGGGAGACCAGGGGCUUUUCGCCUGGGCUGGGCUGUCCGCUGGAACUGCUCUUACGCCUAUCCAUCCAAUUAUCACCCAUCCCACCUCUUGGAAUCUAUUCGUCCAAAAAAAUCCUCUCCGAAUCCAAUAUCUUCCAAGGGACCAAGAAUCAAACGUGGGCUCAUCAGCUAUAGCACUCUCCCUCAUGUGCCCUCGAUUGCUCGUCUGCUGUCGGUGGUCAGGUACUGUUCUGUAG